GUUUGGUAGUUUUUUAGUGUUCAGAUUGAGUGACCUUUAUAUUUCUGUUUUUUGUAAACCGAGUGAAGGUUCCUGUUUAGUCUCUGUCCUUCUCCCAUGUUUUCUUGAUAUAACAUUUGUAUGCGAUUUCUCUUUUUGUCCAUGGCAUUUGAGUUCCAAUUAUUCAAUGUCAAUCAAUCAAACUUUAUGUCAGACUCAAGGUCCAUAUAUAAUAUAUAAAAUGAAUGUGUCUUUGUAUCUCUUUCAUUCAUUUCUCCAAGAAAAGGUAAUGGAGAGAGUCAACGUAAAGUACUGCGGUAAAAAAUACCUUUCUUGAAUCGUUAUUGCUUGGAACUCGGUUUCCCAGACUGCCCUGUUCAGUCACGUGACGUUUGUUCACCGGUUGUUGAUGACGACGUUCAUACGGCGCACGUCAGUUCCUCAGUGGUGUCCCAAGGAGGAGGAGGAGGAGUGCCUGCUAAGAUUGAAAAAAUAAAUAAAUUAACAAUAACAUUUUCGCCGACGACUUGCUCUCAACACACGGAAGAACAAUAGUGCGGGCGAAUGAAGCUACGGUAGUAUGAGAAACAUGUUAGCUACACGCGAAAUGCCGUCGAUUCAGAAGCGACUCUUGAACAUUGUUUAGAAGGCCUGUUGCUAGCUGCUGUGUAUCCGCGGGGCUAGCCCGGUACACUCAGGGGGCCGCGACGGGAGCUUCGUGGACUGCUUUGCUCAGCAAGAGCUGAUCUGCGGUUUAACAAAACCAGAAACAGCCCACCAUGAAUCGAUACCUGCCGGUGGCGCGGCAGCACUUUCUGGCCGCCCUCGCCAGCACCAGCGUGGUGGUGAAGAGCAUUAGCGCCGUGGUGGUGCUCAUCUACCUGUUGUCGUGGGCCGUGGACGCCCGGUACGCUUUGGGCGUGACCCCGGGCUACCUCUUUCCGCCUAACUUCUGGGUGUGGACGCUGGUGACCCACGGGGUGGUGGAGCAGCACGUCUGGGGUGUGGCGGCCAACGUGGGCACGAUGAUGGCCUGCGGCCGUCUUCUGGAGCCUCUGUGGGGCGCUCUGGAGCUCCUGAUCUUCUUCGCGGUGGUGAACGUCUCCGCGGGCCUCCUGGCGGGCCUCUCCUACCUGCUCACCUACGUGGCCACCUUCGACCUGGACUACCUGUUUGCGGUUCGCGUCCACGGAGCGGCCGGGUUCCUGGGGGGCGUCCUGGUGGCGCUGAAGCAGACCACGGGGGACACCACGGUGCUCAGGGUGCCGCAGGUGAGACUGAAAGCAGCACCGGCUUUGGUCCUCCUCCUCCUGGCCUUGCUGCGUCUGUCGGGGAUGCUCGACACCUCUGCUGACCUGGCGGCAUACAGCUACGGCGCCCUCUCCGGCUGGGUCUACCUGCGCUUCUACCAGAGGCACAGCCGGGGCCGCGGGGACAUGUCGGACCACUUUGCCUUUGCUAGUUUCUUCCCUGAGGCGCUGCAGCCGGCUGUGGGGCUGCUGGCGGGGCUGGUCCACGCCGCCCUGGUGAAGGUGAAGGUGUGCAGGAAGAUGGUGAAGAGGUACGACGUAGGGGCUCCGUCCUCCAUCACGAUCAGCCUGCCAGGAACCGACCCCCAAGACGCAGAGAGGAGGAGACAACUGGCCCUCAAGGCUCUGAACGAGCGCUUGAAGCGCGUGGAGGACACGUCGGCCUGGCCCAGCAUGGACGACGAGGAGGACGAGGACGAGCUGCGGACCGACACACAGCCGCUCCUCCCGGGGCCGUCGGCGGGGCCCGGCGGCGCCUCUCUCUCCUCCUCCGCCUCCUCGUCCUCCGUCUCGCAGAGCGGCGGAGGGCCGUCCGGGGGCGGAGCGCAACACCCGGAGUCCAGCAUCAUCAGCUUCGAGGACGCCCCGUCCAGAUCGUAACAGACGGGCCGAGACGCAACGCCCUGCCGGGUGCCACCGGGCGGGCGUCUGCGACUAGUGUACAAAUCCGCGAGUAGCUACGCGCUCGACACCGCGACGCAGACAAAAACGUUGGACCGGCUCACACGCGCACGCCCGUGCCCUCAAAAACACGCCGGGCAAUGCCAUUGCGCGGGCCAAUAGCGCGGCGGUGACUGUACGGCGCAGUGUGACGUGGUCCCUCGCCUCCUCUCCUCCUUCCCCGCAUACGAGCCACUGACCGCAGAUCUCGGCCCACUGCUUCACGUGUCGCUUUCUCUUGCUUCCCAAAUAAAAUAAAACACAAACGGGUGUACACUGGGUCUUUUUAAAAGUAUUUUCCGGAGCACCCGUGGCUUGUUGUGAUUGGCUUUCCACGAUAAAAAGACUUGCCCAGAGCUCUCUGUGAGGGCCAACUCUACGCGCCGGAGAGACCUGAAGGUGAAACCUUGGCUUUUAGUUGUUGAUGUUCAAACGCAGUGUGUGAAGGAGGAAGUGUGGAAACUAGAUCUGCUGAAGGUCCGUGCUGCUGAUUAACUGUGAUACAGAACUUCAAGAUUUGAAUUGAAGAGAAUCAUCCUGAAUACUUUACCUGGCCGGCCGUUGUCUCUGGAACCGCCUAGUGCCCCCUUUUCUAAAUCUCCCCCUCCCAAUUUGACCUUCUCUGGAGAACAAUUUUGUCAUUUUUCUUUCUUUUUUUUCUUUGUAUCUUCAUCACUAAACAAUAUCCCACAAAAACCUGUUUUUGUGCACUUCCGAAGUGUUCAUGCACACAGAUUUUUAGGAUGAUUCUACGAGUUAUGAGAUUUUUUUUCUUCCAGGUUAAUAUUAAGCCCACAACAGGAGCAUCACCCUGUUGUGUGUGUGUGUGUGUGUGUGGUCAGCUGAUCAGUAAUUGGGGAAAAUGUUUCCCAAUCACAUUCUUUCCACUUGUGACAUCUAUCAUCUCUUUGCUCCAAGGAUGACUGCUGGUGAGAACAUUUUCUUUGAAGAUUAAUAUAAAUUGUUUCAAAAUGCACCAUAAAUUCUAUGCAGACCCAAAGGUCAGUGAUUCAUUCGUUUUUCAUCCGGUUAGAUGUCAGUCUAUUGUGGUAUGGAUCAAAUCAUACAAUUCCCCCAUUGUCAUCUCAUUGUCGAUUCAAGUCAGUCAAAUGCACGAUGUCACACGUUGCAGCAGCGACACAUAUAUAAAUUAUUAUUAUUUUUCAUCUUCAGGUUGAGAAUGUUUCCUAGUUGAAGAUUUUCCAAAUAACUAAGUGCUGUACAUAUUUAACAAUGAACACAAGGUUCAUCACUAAGCCGAUGAUGAUCAGUUUUUUUUUAAUUUUUUAUCCUGACUUCAGCGGGCUCCUUUAGAAACCAUGAAAGAAGAGAUUGAACUCUACAAACUAACAAACUGUUGAAUUAAGGUGUUCUAAUUGAAAUACAACAUGUUCCUCUCUUCUGUUGUUGAUCAGCUCGAUAGUUGUGCGAGGAAGAAUCUUGCUGCGUCCUUGCUGAUGGUUUAGUUUGUCACCGCCUGGGUGGACAAUCUCUAAAUUAAAAACUAAUGAAAUGUAAGAAGAGGUAGAGCGGGAAAUUCAUCGGCCGCCAUCAAUGACCGGGAGGAGAGAACAGGCCUCCAUGGUCCUCCCUGGAAGAGUCUCCUGUGGUUAUUUAAUAUGAUUCCGGGUAUUUUACACUGUGUUAAAAUGACGUUUACACAUCUGUGUUGGAAAUGGCGGAAUAUUACAAGUGAAAAUCCAAAGUUUUAGAAGUCUUUACUUUUGCUCAGCUUGCCGUUUCCUCUGAGAGA